UUCCAUGUUCCAACAACCAAGGACCACGACCACCUCAAAAACCUACCCGCCCCCUUACACUCUCUUUUAGCCUUUGCAUCCUUCCUUCAUUUUUGAUUUUUUUUUCAACAAAAUCAAAAACCAAAAGUGGACCAAUAGUUGCAGACACAUCAUGUCUUUCCCAUGGCGUCCUUUGAUUUCAUGACUCUUUUCUUCUGUCUUCUUAUCCACAGACAUUGAUCAUUAUUAUUAUUAUUCUCGUUAGCUGUCUCUCCUCGACAACGCUUUGAUGUUUGGUACUGCAUUUUGAUGUUGUGUUGGAUGAGCAGUUGAUGUCUUUGGCCGUUGGAGCUGGUCCAAGUUCCAGUAAUAUGGAUGACAAAGCGGUCUCUGCUGAAAAAACGACCACCAACCACCGUCCAGAGAGCGAUGAUGAUAACGAAGAGGAGAAUCGCAAUUUGCAUUUGGGUCCUCAGUACACUCUCAAAGAACAGCUUGAAAAAGAUAAGGAUGAUGAGAGCUUAAGGAAAUGGAAAGAACAGCUUCUUGGAGGUGUGGAUAUUAACAACAUUGGAGAAACACUUGAACCGGAAGUGAAGUUCCUUAGUGUGGCAAUCGUGUCACCAGAUAGGGAAGACAUAGUUCUUUCAAUCCCUGCAGAUGGAAAGCCCGAGGGUUUAUGGUUUACACUGAAAGAAGCUAGCCAUUAUCGCUUGAAGUUCUCUUUCCAAGUUAGCAACAACAUUGUAUCUGGUCUCAGGUACACCAACACUGUCUGGAAAACUGGCGUCAAAGUUGACAGCACAAAAGAUAUGAUUGGAACUUUUAGUCCUCAGUUAGAGCCUUAUACACAUGAAAUGCCCGAAGAGACAGCCCCUUCUGGUUUUUUGGCUAGAGGAUCAUACACUGCAAAAUCAAAGUUCCUUGAUGAUGAUAACAAGUGCUACUUGGAGAUCAACUAUACAUUUGAUAUCCGAAAAGAUUGGGCUGCUACUGAAUAAUAGAUCAGCUCCAAGAACCCUUCAUUCAAUGCUUCAUGUUCUUAUUAUGCUUAUAUAUAUAUACAUAUAUAUAUUCACUUUCAGACAAUUUUCAAGCAGCUAGUUUUUUCCCAAAAUAAACGCAAGUGAUGAGAGAUGACAAGAUUUUCACUUGAUUAGCAUUUUUUGGUAGGGACAUUUUGAUAAUUAAUGAUGUCUAGAACUCUGGAUGUUGUUCAUGUUCUGUUCUUGCAUUCCAUCUAUGUGCAUAUAUAAGAAAUGAGUGAUCAGUCAUUGAUUUUUUCUUUUUUUC